CUCAUCUUUAAUCCUUUAUACAGAGAAUUAUUUCAGGAAAUGUUUUAAUCUGUAGAAGGUGUUGGCAAAAAGAAACAAUGAUCUAUCCAUCAUCAAGCGAAGAUGAAUCAGAUGUGGAGCAAGUGGAGGAAGAGGUUUCUACUCUGGUAAUAAAUUCCAACAAAAAUCCAACCAGAUCACCAAGCAAAACAGACUCAUACUCUGUUAACUCUAAUCAAGACAGCAGUCAGUCUUCAAUCCGUGGUCCUUCACCUUCUCCUUCCACCACAAGCGAGGAUGUUGAUGCAAGGGCUCGACAACAGGAGGAGGAAGAGCGAAGGAUGCGACUCCAACUUUACAUCUUUGUCCUCAGAUGUAUUUCUUAUCCAUUCAAUGCAAAACAACCCACUGACAUGGCUAGAAGACAAACUAAGGUGAACAAGCAACAGUUGCAGACGAUAAAAGACCGUUUUUCGUCAUUUUUAUCCGGUGAAACUCAAAUAGUGGCAGAUGAAGCUUUCUGCAAUGCAGUGUCGAGCUAUUUUGAGGUUUUUCUAAAGAGUGAUAGAGUAAUGAGGAUGGUACAAAGUGGGGGUUGCUCUGCAAAUGAUUUUCGAGAAGUUUUUAAAAAUAAUAUUGAAAAACGUGUCAAAGGACUGCCCGAAAUUGAUGGAUUAAGUAAAGAAACGGUCUUAUCUUCUUGGAUGGCCAAGUUUGAUGCCAUAUACCGAGGUGAAGAAGAUCCUCGUCGUCCUGGCAACCGCCUCCCAUCAUCUGCGGCAUCCGAGCUCAUACUAAGCAAGGAGCAAUUGUACGAGAUGUUCCAGAACAUUUUGUCAAUUAAAAAGUUUGAGCACCAGUUGCUUUACAAUGCAUGCCAGUUGGACAGCACAGACGAACAAGCUGCAGCGAUACGACGAGAAUUAGACGGCCGCAUGCACGCUGCCGAUAAAAUUGAGGGGCAGCGGCGUUUUCCAAAAUUCUACCGCAAAGGAAAUGAGGUCGAGGCUCAUCUUCAAGGACAAUAUAUCGAUGAAUUACGAUCGCAGGUUAACUUAUUGAUGGCCAAUCUUGAGUCUCUCCCUGUUUCUAGAGGUAGCAAUGACAAGUCUUACCCACUGAGAGGUUUACGAAGAAUGCAAGCCCCCAUUUCCAUGGUGGACCAAUCAAAUGAAGAUGACACCCCACUUUCUAAAGCUGAUGUCAUUCUCCAGUUUACCCUUGAGGUGGUUGUGAUUGAAGUACAAGGUCUUAAGUCCCUUGCCCCAAAUAAGAUUGUAUAUUGUACAAUGGAAGCAGAUGGUGGUGCAAAGCUGCAAACAGACCAAGCUGAAGCCAGCAAACCUGUAUGGGAUACACAAGGUGAUUUCACCACCACCCACCCUCUACCACUCGUUAAAGUCAAACUUUUUACCGAAAGCACAGGAAUGCUGUCUAUUGAUGACAAGGAGCUGGGAAAGGUUGUUCUUCACCCAACACCAAACAGUCCCAAGUCGCCAGAGUGGUAUCAUAUGCAAGUGCCCAAGAACAGUGCUGACCAACAGAUUCGAAUCAAGCUUGCAAUAAGAAUGGAUCGACCGCUUAAUAUGAAACACUGUGGAUAUUUGUGGGCACAAGGAAGGUCCGUGUGGAAGAAAUGGAAAAGGAGAUAUUUUAUUCUUGUGCAGGUGAGCCAAUACAACUUUGCAAUGUGUAGCUACCAAGAGCGAAAAUCGGAACCAAACGAGAUGAUGCAGCUUGAUGGCUUCACGGUGGAUUACACGGUGCCUGAACUUGACCAUGAAGGGGGAAGAGCUUUCUUUAAUGCUGUCAAGGAAGGAGACUCGGUUAUGUUUGCAAGUGAUGAUGAACAAGACAGAAUACUGUGGGUGCAGGCAAUGUACCGAGCAACUGGCCAAUCCCACAAACCUGUACCACCAACUCAAGUUCAAAAACUCAGUGCUGGCAAGCAUGGACAGCUGGAUGCACCAAUUUCACAAUUCUAUGCAGACAGAGCACGAAAACAUGGCAUGGAUGAUUUUAUAUCAGCAGAUCCUUGUAAAUAUGAUCACUCAAGUUUAUUUGAGUUGUUGCAGAGACUAACAUUGGACCACAGACUCAAUGAAAGUUAUUCAUGCCUGGGUUGGUUCUCUCCUGGCCAAGUAUUUGUAUUGGAUGAAUAUUGUGCAAGAUAUGGUGUUCGUGGUUGUCAUAGACACUUAUGUUAUCUAGCAGAUUUAUUGGAAAGGGCCCGGAAUGGGAUAAUGGUUGACCCGACAUUGUUACAUUAUAGCUUUGCUUUCUGCGCAAGCCAUAUUUAUGGGAACAGACCUGAUGGUAUUGGAACAAUAACACUGGAUGAGAAGCAGAGGUUUGAUGAGAUACAAGACCAGUUAAAGAAUCACCUCAUGAACCAGAUCACACACUUCAGAUAUUGUUUUCCAUUUGGUCGUCCACAAGGUGCAUUGAAAGCAACACUCUCAUUGUUGGAGAGGGUUAUGAUGCGUGAUAUUGUAACCCCGGUACCUGCUGAAGAUGUUAGAGCCGUGAUUAAACAUUGUUUAGAAGAAGCUGCGUUGGUUAAUUACACACGUGUGUCAGAAUAUGCAAAAGUGGAUGCUGCUCAAAAGGAUUCAAACAAAACAAAACCUGAACAAGGAGAAACCAAAAGUUUGAAUGAAGCUUCUUCUCGUAGGUUGGAGGUGAUUAUUCACUUGGCUGAGUUAUGUAUUGAUGUGCUGCAACAAAACGAGGAACAUCACUUUGAGGGAAGAGAGGCAUUUGCGUGGUUCAGUGACUUAAUGACAGAACAUUCCGAGAUUUUCUGGUCGUUAUUUGCCGUAGAUAUGGACACAGUGAUUGAAAAACAACCGCCUGAUACUUGGAAUUCAUUCCCUCUGUUCCAACUUCUUAAUGAUUAUCUCAUUAAUGACCAUACUUUAAGAGACGGUCGCUUCCAUUGUCAUCUUCGUGACACAUUUGCACCACUUGUGAUAAGAUAUACCGACCUCAUGGAAUCUUCCAUCGCACAAUCUAUUCAUCAUGGCUUUGGUAAAGAUGGUUGGAGCUCAAGCAACUCAGGCAAAAACACGAUAGCAAACGAUGUUUUAUGGAAACUUGAUGCUCUGCAAUCAUUUGUACGAGAACUACACUGGCCAGAUGCAAUAUUUGCUUGUCACAUCGAACACAGACUUAAACUUAUGGCAUCGGACAUGAUUCAAAGUGUUGUGUCAAGAACUGUCCAGAGGUUUAAUGUUAUCUUGGCUUCAUGUCGAGUAUCUGUUGACUUCAUGGUCACCUCCCAGAUAUGUUCCCUUAUAAAUGUGGCGCUCGAGUGCAGGAAACAGUCAGUGAAAAUCUGCGCCUCCGGACACGAUGCAUCAGGAACUCAACAUCUUUAUCAUGUAGAAGUUGAUGAGGUGCUCGAAUCCGCAUUCUCACAGAUGGAGGGCCAGAUUGUUGACAAGUUCACGAAAGUGUUGGAAUCAGUGUUGGUAAAGUUAUCAAGAUAUGAUGAAGGUUCAUUCACUGCGUCAUUGUUUACACUAACUAAACCAGGUAUGGAGCUUGCCAACAACUUCAUUUAUUUCAUUCGAGCAAACCAGGAUGUGUUGCGUGAAUCUAUCUGCGAUGAAUUGUUUGUUGAAGCUCUGUUUUCUAACUGGUACGAAACAAGUGUUAAGCUGCUUGCCACGUGGCUUACAGAGAGAUCCGAGUUACAACUCAACAUAUACCAGCUGAAGACUCUCAUCAAAUUAUUCAAGAAAUUCUACCAUGAUUUUGAAAUGCAGGGAGUCACUGACGUAAGAACGAAUAAAAACUUUGAAAGCGUCCACAAGAGACUGACCGUUGAGGAAGCUACAGCAUCUGUGACCACUGGUCCGCUUGGCAACCACAUCACUAUGAAGGAAAGUGAAGAUGAAGUCGAGGAUGACGAUUAGUUGCCAUAGAAAUCAUAAACAGCGUAUUUACAAGACAACAUGUUGCAAGUUUUUCUAUUUUUACUUAAUUCUUUUCUUCAAAUGUCUGAUGUUAUUUUACUACUUCAAUUUACAGCUGCUGGUUUUCAAACUUUAACGUUCCUGAUGUUUUUUCUGUUGUUUUGUGUUGUAUCCUUUUUAAAACAUCACUAUUUGUAUUAUAUUAUUUGUAGGGAGGUUUGGUUUUCAUUUGCAACAAAAAUGACACAACUGCUGCUGUGUUCCGAAUGCUUUUAUUUAUUUUCAUUGUGUAUUAUUCCUAAAUGUAUUAUGUCAACAUUCUUUAGAUACAAUCAUUGGUAUUUUACUGUUUAAUGUUCAAACGCACACUCAACAACUUUGGAAAUUUUUCUCAUUAUAAAUGUAUUUUCAGUUUUUUGUGUGUUCAACAAUACCAGGUGCUCUGUUAAGUUUAAGCACAGCGCACACAAAGACACACAAACACUUGGAUGUUUAUUAUAACAUGGUAUAUUGAGUUGAUUUUUCACUGUAGAUCUAUAUCCUAAAGUAGAUUUUAUCCCUAUAUCCUGUAAUGUAGGAGUGUGCAUUUGUGCCAUUCUGUUGAAUUCAGUAUUUCAUUGUAAUUGUGCAAUUCAUUUUAAACUUUGUAGUUCCUUGGUGAGGUCAAUUUAGUUGCAAUUGGCAUCCUGUUGCACAUAUUCUGUUUCUGUUCAUUUGAAUCUUUGUUUUAGUCAUUAGUCCUGCCAGGUAAUAAAGAUAAAAUUGAAGUUUCAA